GAAAAGUUUUAAAAAAGUUUUGUUCUGGAAUAUACAAAUUUAAGUUUCUCUUUUGGAAUCGAGUAUUGAGUAUACUUUUUAUGGGGUGUCCACUAAGACGCGCCCAUCCACAACAACCCCCAUAUGCCCAACGCCAGCGAUUCCAGCAUUGAACUGAACCAAAUCCCAGUCCAAAGGCAAACCAGCGAUGGCCAGGGAGCUGAACGACAAACCAAUGGUCAAGACGCACAAGAUGGUGCCGCAGCGUCGGCCAUCGACAGGGAAACGGAAACUAGCGGAGACACGUUAGAAGGACAAGAACACCGGGUAAUAUUCAUCAACAGGGCUCAGCCUCCAGUAGCCAAGUACUGUAACAAUAGGAUCUCCACGGCCAAAUAUAGUAUAAUAAGAUUCGUACCAUUAUUUCUCUUCGAACAAUUCCGAAGAUGGGCGAACAUAUUUUUCCUUAUGAUUGCUCUAUUGCAACAAAUACCGGACGUAUCACCUACUGGCAGGUACACCACUUUAGUGCCUCUAAUUUUUAUUCUAUCAGUGUCAGCCAUCAAGGAAAUCAUCGAAGAUAUCAAAAGACACCGAGCUGAUGAUGAAACCAAUCACAGAAAAGUUGAAGUCCUUAGAGGGGACACUUGGAUUUGUGUUAGAUGGAUGGACGUUAUUGUAGGCGAUUUGGUUAAAGUCAUUAACAACACAUUCUUCCCUGCGGAUCUUGUUUUAUUAUCUUCAAGCGAACCGCAAGGCAUGAGUUUCAUCGAAACAGCCAAUUUAGAUGGUGAAACAAACUUGAAAAUUCGCCAGGCUCUGCCGAGUACUGCAAAAUUGACUGCCAUCAAUGAAAUGAAGCAGUUAACUGGCACGUUGGAAUGUGAACCACCCAAUAGGCAUUUGUAUGAGUUUAAUGGAGUUUUGAAAGAAUAUAACAAACCUCAUGAACCGCUAGGUCCCGAUCAAAUCCUGCUUCGUGGAGCAAUGCUGAGAAACACGUCCUGGGUUUUUGGUAUGGUGAUUUACACAGGCCACGAAACCAAGCUAAUGCGAAACUCCACCAAGGCUCCACUAAAACGAUCCAACAUUGAUAAAAUGACCAACGUUCAAAUAUUGCUAUUAUUUGGACUACUUUUCAUAAUGUGCUUGAUUUGUACCAUAUUUAAUGUGAUUUGGACACGUGCCAACGGGGAUAUUCAUUAUUAUAUUGGAUUUCAAGAAACUGAAAACUUUUUAUAUACUUUCUUGACUUUUUUGAUCCUAUUCAACAAUCUCAUACCAAUAUCAUUACAAGUUACCUUAGAAGUUGUAAGAUUUAUACAGGCUAUUUUUAUAAAUAUGGACCGAGAAAUGUACCAUGCAGAAACUGAUACACCGGCAAUGGCAAGAACGUCAAAUUUAAACGAAGAAUUAGGCCAAGUGAAAUAUAUUUUCUCAGAUAAAACCGGAACAUUGACAAGAAAUAUUAUGGAAUUUAAACGGUGUGCCGUGGGACAUGAAAUCUAUCGACCCAGCGACGUUCCAGAAGAAUCUCUAAUGGUUCAACAUUUAAAAGACAAACACAAAAAUGCUGACUUAAUAAAAGACCUUCUGGUACUUCUCUCUGUAUGUCACACAGUUAUUCCAGAACAAAUGCCCGAUGGUUCUAUAGUUUACCAUGCAGCCUCACCAGAUGAACGAGCAUUAGUUUACGGAGCAGCCAAAUUCGGUUUUGUAUUCAAAAGUCGUACACCCGAUUAUGUAGACAUUACCGCUCUAGGCGAAACCGAAAGAUACGAAGUUUUAACAGUAUUAGAAUUCACUUCAGCCCGAAAACGGAUGUCUGUAAUCGUGAAAGAUCCGCAAGGAAAAAUUAAAUUGUUUUGUAAAGGAGCUGACACUGUGAUAUACGAACGUUUGGACAACAACGCCUCGUCCAGGGAAUACAGGGAAUUGCUGUUGCAACAUUUAGAGGCGUUUGCUACCGAGGGUUUGAGGACACUUUGUUGUGCCGUGGUGGAAUUGAAAAAGAGCGAUUAUGAAGAUUGGAAACAGAUGUAUCAUAAGGCUUGUUGUAGUAUACAGCAUAGAGAAGAGAAAAUCGAAGAAGCUGCCAACCUAAUAGAAAGAAAACUGAAACUUAUCGGCGCGACUGCCAUCGAAGAUAAACUGCAAGAAGGUGUACCAGAAACUAUAGCUACUUUAUUGAAAGCCGACAUCAACAUUUGGGUCCUCACUGGUGACAAACAGGAAACCGCUAUAAACAUCGGCUAUUCUUGUAGACUGAUAUCUCAGGGAAUGCAAAUUAUCAUACUGAAUGAAGACGGUUUAGAUGCCGUCCGAGAAUCCGUCUUACGUCACUGCGACGAACUAGGCGAAAGUUUGGACAAACAAAACGAAAUCGCACUCAUUAUCGACGGUAAAACGUUAAAAUACGCCCUCACUUGCGAAUUACGUAACGAAUUUUUACGAUUGUGCAUAUCUUGUAAAGUUGUGGUUUGCUGUAGAGUGUCGCCGAUGCAAAAAGCCGAAGUCGUCGAAUAUGUGACCAAACAUACUAAAUCUAUUACUUUGGCUAUAGGAGAUGGGGCUAACGAUGUGGCUAUGAUACAGAAGGCACACGUUGGUGUUGGUAUAUCAGGAGUGGAGGGAUUGCAAGCUGCGUGUGCUAGCGAUUAUAGUAUAGCGCAGUUUAGAUUUUUGAUGAGAUUACUUUUGGUGCAUGGAGCAUGGAACUACUCAAGAAUGUGUAAACUAAUCCUGUACAGUUUCUACAAAAAUAUCUGUUUAUACGUCAUCGAACUGUGGUUCGCCAUUUAUUCAGGCUGGUCUGGACAAAUUUUAUUCGAAAGAUGGUCAAUAGGUUUAUACAACGUGUUAUUCACUGCCCUUCCGCCCCUAGCAAUGGGCCUGUUCGACAAAAGUUGCAGCGCGGAAAAAAUGAUCAACUAUCCCCAACUGUACAAACCCUCGCAAAGCGGACAGCUGUUUAACAUCAAAGUUUUCUGGAUGUGGAUUAUCAACUCUUUGGUGCAUUCUGCUUUGUUGUUCUGGUUGCCGAUAUUGGCAACUAACCAUGAUAUAUUGUGGCCGAAUGGCCAGGAAGGAGGUUAUUUGGUUGUUGGAAAUGCGGUUUAUACUUAUGUGGUAGUAACGGUUUGCUUAAAGGCUGGUUUAGUAACAAAUUCGUGGCCUUGGCCCACACACUGUGCCAUCUGGGGCUCGAUACUGUUAUGGUUUUUGUUUGUUAUUGUGUAUAGUUUAUUCUGGCCAACAAUACCUUUAGGCAGUGUAAUGUGCGGUAUGUACAUAAUGAUUUUCAGCAGCGCCGUAUUCUGGAUGGGGCUGUUUUUAAUACCUGUGAUCACCAUUAUACCUGAUUUUAUAUUUAAAAUAGUUAAAAAUACAGCAUUUAAGACAGUGACUGAUGUGGUGCGAGAGAGCGAAAUUAGAAAAAGAGAUCCUGAGGUGUACCGGGGAGAUUCUAAAAAUUCUCCCAUGCAUGCAUUGGAGCAGUUCGCAAUAUAUGGUUUCGCUUUUUCCCAAGAAGAGGGCGGUGCUGUUUCUCAAACGGACGUUAUCAGAGCUUAUAACACCAAUAUACCAAAACCGGACGGGAUGUAGUAGGUUGAAGGCGUAAACCAAAAAUAUGAAUGAAGCUUUAGUCAAUUGAGUGACAAUUUUGUAGUAUUUGCUACUAAACUACCACUAAGUUUCGAUUUGUAAAGACAAAAACGAAUAUUCUUAGGGAUGCAUGUGUCAAAAACUUUGUCAACAAUCAUGAAAAGAAAUAAAUUAAAAUAAUCUUAAACAUAUUUAUUUUGUGUGUGGUAAACCAAUAUUUUAAUGAUUGCCUCACUUCUAUAAUAAUUCUAUCCAUAACUAUUUAUAAUACUUAAAACUGUGAAUGUGCCUUUCGCAUAUUUAGUUUUUAUAAUACAUAAGUAUGUAUACACUACUGAUCUUUUUAAAUGGCCGAAAAAAACUUGAGAUUUUUUCUGUUGUUCAUAAUCUACUUUAAAUAAUAUAUGCUAAAGUGUAAUUUACGUACAGUAUAGAUAACUUAAUCCAUGUAAAUGCAUUCAUUCCAUUUUGUUCAGGACAAUUUGUUAUUUUAAAAAUUUCUGAUUUUGGUCAUCCAUUGGUCUAUGUAAGUAAAUGAAGGCACUUACACGAAUUAGGUCUAUAUGCGGUACAUGAGUGUGGCCUUUAUAUGGUGUUUAACUGUUUAGUCUGUUUAAUUCUCCCAAAAAAAAAAAAACAAUUUAAUUAAAAAAAAUAACACCAAAAUAGAAAUAAAAUUGUGUCACCUUUUAAAAUUUAGAAACACUAUCACUUAAUUAUUGUUUUUACAGUUUUAAGACAACGUCGGGAAGUUAGCAACACAUUGGAAGCAGGAUCUUUAAAAUGCACCUCUGCUUACUGCUUUGUUCAAUAACACCCAUCGUUUUCGAAGUAUAUCGAUUUCCAUUUUGGUUGCUAACUUCACCCUUGCCAACAUAUUGGAAGCAGGAUGGCUGAAACAGGUUCCUACUUGUGUUGCUAUUCAAGAAGACAUCCACUGAAAACUAUGGAAAAAAUUUCAGCACAAAUACGUGGAGCAAAAUAUUUUACACUUUUAAGUUGUAAACGAGGGUCUUGACAAAUAAGUUGCAGAGCAGUCUCAAAAAUAUCUCACGUUUUCAACACCAUGGGGACGUUAUUUUUGCACUCGUCUACCAUUUGGAAUCUGUUCAGCACCAGAGGUAUUUCAAGAAAUGAUGGUCUUGCUUCAUGCCGCUUCAAAUCUGACCCCGGAAACACGUACUAUUUACCCUUGACAACACACUGGAAGCAGGAUCUCUCAAACAUGUUCCUGCUUGUGUUGCUACGGUCCUGCCUCAUCCUGCUUUAAAUCACAACGCUUAUUUUUUUCGAGAUAUAGGGAUUUCCAUUAUGGUUAGUUAUUUCACCCUUUAGUCUAAGGACAGGUUUGAUUAUUCUUCCAGACUUUGUCCGUCUUUGUUCGGAGUAACUUUGAAAUGUUCGAUCGGUGGUUCUGUUAGAGUUUCUGGUUGACCAUUUGAAGUUUCUUCGACUAGUGAUUGAUUAUACUCCUGAAUUUCUGGACUGGUAGGCGUUAAAACUAUUUCGUUAUUAUUUAUAUUGAAAUCAGCUUUUGUUUCAUGAACUUUGUAGCAAAACGCCCCACGUACUCUAAGUAAUUGAUUAGAUGGUAGAUGGCGAGCGGUAUAUUGAUGAUGUUUAUUUCCUUGGAGCUGCUACCUAUAAAAUUGUGGAAGGGUCUAUUCGCAAAAGAGGGAAACAAACUAUUAAGGUUUACUGAAUUAUAUUUUAUUAUACAUAAAACCAAAAAUUUAAAUAAGCAAAAUAUCUUUCAAUUCUGACAGCCACAUCUAUUUUUUCCAAUUCGAAUUAUUUCACAUCCGUUCAAAUGUCAUUAUUACGGACCAGGAAAUAUCCAUAAAAGAAAAACGCCCUUUUUUCAACUAUUCUCAAUAACUUAUACGUUUAUACAUUUCAACACCUCCGAUUCAUUCCUAUUCAACUACCCUUCGCCUAUAUCUAUAAAUUCUUUAAAAUUCCUAAGUCCUUUACUGACUGCUUAUGCAAAAUCAAAAUAAUUAUUUGUUUUGUUAAUAUAGGUAUUACUAACUUAUUCUUAUAAAAAAACCUUACAAUAAUUUCUACAUGAAAAAUAAAAACCCUAAUUCAAAAUUUCAGCAAUUAAGAUUACCUAUCAAUGUUUCUUCAUGAACAACAAGUUUCAUUUCGAAACUUCCCAUUUACAUAUAAUGGUUUAUUUAAAUCAGAACAAUUACUAUUUUCGGAUUCCUAGCCAACAAACACAAUUAUUUAAUGCUUAUUAGAUUUGUUACUAUAGCCCUCAAACUUCAAUUUGGACAAUCCAAUUCAAAAUUCUUUAAUAAUUCCUACUCAAAAUCGAUACUGGUUAAGUGCAUUAUAAAUUCCCCUUUUAAUUCUUUGCAAAAUUAAUUAAAAUGUCAUUAUACUCGAAGGCAAUUAAAUUUAUGCAAUAAUGUUCCAUAGUCAAAACACUCGAGUUAUUAAUAUUUAUGCAAUAAAGUUCCAAAGUUAAUUCACUUCAUAGUCAUUCAUCAUUUAUAAUGUCGAAAAGUUUUACUAGUCAAAAUCACUCAAGUUUUUAGGCAUUAAAAGUCAUUGUCUUCUUAUCAUUCAAAAUCAUUGUUAAAUGUCAGAAAAAUAAUCACUAAAGUACUUACAUUUAACUUUUCACACAUAAAAUUACUUAAUUUAAUUUACUUCAAAAAAUCUCUAAAGUUCAUUCCACGAAACGAGAUAGUAGAAGUAAACAAACAGGCGGAGCUUAAAAAUUCAGAGCAGGACUGCAAAAAUAUGAAUUACAACUAAUGACAUUUAUUAUUGUUAGGUUGUCAUAUGAAUCAAUAACUUUAAUGUCGUAUUUCCUAGUAUUUUACAAUUAUUUAAAUAGUGUUUGGUGAAUUACUGUUAAUUAGUGAGCAAUUUAGACUAAAACAAUAUCAAGAUCAACAGAUUCCGCUGAAAAAUUUGUUCGGAAAUAUAUUCAGAGAAGAGAAAUACAAAACAACCUAAGACGGUCCUGCCUAGGGCGGAGUAUUCUAGCCAAUAAAAUUUAACCUACCUGUCAAAGUUUGUUUACUUUCACUAUCUCGUUUCGUGAAAUGAACUUUAGAGCACGCACAUAAUAUUGAACGAAUUUAACUGUUCUUUCUUUUACAAUUUUCCGUUACUAUUUCAAAGACCUUUUCCGAGGCGAUAAAAGAAACUGUCGCGAAUUUUACCAGGACUGACACAUUAGGUACUAUAGGCUUUAACUCAAACUGGACUGAACUGCGAACUCAACUGACAACUGUCGAUCCCCCAAAAAUUUCUUUGUCCAUCACAAUUGUGAGGAUGAUGCAAUCUCCUUUGUUAUUAGUUUAAAAUCGAAUAAUUAUAUCGCAAUUUCUGCCAUAAAUUAUCGAUUUAAUUACUAUGGCCUCGCUUCUAAUAUUUUUAGGAAUUUAGAUAAUGACACAGGCUUGGUGACGAAAUACCUAAUAUAAUUUUGAUCGUAUUUGGGGUCAACGUUAAUUUGUUUCAUUUUCAAUUUAUUGAUACUGAUUUGAAAUACAGGAAAUUCAGUUUUUUGAUUAUUUGAUUACAUUUAAUUUUUACAGUAAAGACAUUGUUAAUAUUGGGACUAUUUUUCCGGAUCAUUACAACUUGAACACUAUUUUUUCUUUUUUCUUUGAUGUUCGUAAGAAUACUGAUCUUUUUGUUUGAUCAUCAACUUUUGCCUUUUGUUAUGGUUACACACCUUCCCAUUGUCUGUUGGCAAGUUGUACUCUAACAGAAUCUCCUAUUUUAUAUUUCUGGGGUUGAGUGGCAUGUCUGUCUGCAUAAUCUUUUUCAUUUUCUCCCAAUUUUUUCAAUUCAUUUGUAAUAUUUUCUACAAUAUUUGGUUUCAACUUUUCACUGUUUGCUGGAAGUAAUGUCCUGGUAAUUCUGCUAAAAAGUCUUUGAUUAAGUGAACCCAGUGACAGCUAGGUGUCGUCUAUACAUUUUUUCAACAGAUUUUUCGCAAUUUGAACACUUUUCGAUAAACCAUUGCUUCUUGGAUGAAUCGACUAGGUUGCAUGUUGAAAACACCAUUUUUUGGAAAAAUCUUUAAAAACGAAAUAGUUGUGACGGUGUUAAUGAACUAGUAGCAUAUUCAAUGGGUUGAUUUUCUUGCAUCAAGGCAGCUUCUAAAUUUUUCGAACUAGCAUCUACUGAAAAUGUAACACCCUUGUUUACAUUAUAAAAUUCCAGAACAGGUGCACUAGUCAACUAUACCUUUAUUUUGUUGAAAGCUUCGUGUUGUUUUAUGUCGCAAAUAAAUUCAACAUCUCUUUUUAGAAGCUUUCGUAAAGGAUCUGUAAGCUCAGACAUAUUUGGUAUGAAUUUAUUCAAAUAUGUUAUCAUCCUUUGUUAUAUUUGUUGGUGUCUUUAAGUUUUUAAUAGCUUCCACCUUGAUAUUGAUAUCAUCAAUUUCAAUACCAUUUUCCGAUAAAAUAUGCCCAAGAAACUUAACUCUUUUAACAUUGAGAAUGCAUUUUUCCUUAUUGAGUUUCAAUCCAGAAUUUUCUAAUGUUUCCAAAUCUUUUUUAGUAAUUUUUUCUACGGAAUAAAUAAGAAUAUCGUCCAUUAAGCAGUGAGUGUUUGGAAUGUUUUUUAACAAGGAACUCAUUAUUUCUUGAAAUACCUCUGGUGCUGAACAGAUUCCAAAUGGUAGACGAGUGCAACUAUAACGUCCCCAUGUUGUUGAAAACUUGAGAUAUUUUUGAGACUGCUCUACAACUUAUUUGUCAAAACCCUCGUUUACAACCUAAAAGUGUAAAAUAUUUUGCUCCACGUAUUUGUGCUGAAAUUUUUAGCAAUGCAAGCAGGAACAUCUUGGAGCGAUCCUGCUUCCAAUGUGUUACCAAGAGUGAAGCUAACAACCCAAAAUGGAAAUCAAUAUAUUUCGAAAAUGAUGGGAGUUACUAGGUUGCGGUUUGAAGCAGUAAUAUAUCAGCACAAGCAGAGGUGCAUUUUAAAGAUCCUGCUUUCAAUGUGUUGCUAAUUUCCCCGAUGUUUUAAAACACUUAUUAGACGUUUAAUGUUUAAUAUUAUAUAUUUUAUUACUUGUAUAUUUUAUAAAAACGUUUUUGGUAGUGACCUUUAGACAUUACAACCCCCAACUUAUGAGAAUAUUUUUUUUGUUAGCUAGUCAAUUCCAGGGAUGACCUGAUACUGAAGGGAGGUAGAUGAAUCAAUGAAUACUCUGGCUUUUGGUAUUAUGAACGUCCUUCUUACCGGCAGUAAUUUCACUUCCUCUGCCAAUAGUACAAAAAAAAAUAAGAUAAUAUAAUUUGGCUCAAAUACCUAAUAAAGUAAGCCAAUACAUAAUUUUACUCCUUUUAACUUGAAUCUAAUUCCUACUGUACAACCCCCUAGGCAUUUUCACCCCUUUUUGUUUUUUGGAUACAGAACCAAAAGCAUUGUAUCAAGUUUUCUCUGGUUAUUAAUAUUUGUUUAUUUUUUUAUUAUUAUUUUUUUUAAAAAGCUGCAGAGUGCGUUGUAUCAUUCAGAGAGAUUGUUUAGUUUAUUUAAACACAUUUUACUUGUUGAAAAUAAAUGGGGUAUUAAUUUGUUCUAUAA